AUGGCUCCGUCCCGAGACUUUGCAUUCCAGCAGGAUGGUUCUAGCGGUUUACCAGGUUCUGUGCCAGUGCUCAUUGUGGGCGGAGGUCCAACUGGUUUAUUGCAAGCCAUCCUUCUGUCUCGACUCGGAGUUCAAUCAUUGAUCAUCGAGCGUUAUCCCGAGCGUCUGGCUGCUCCCAAAGCUCACGCGAUCAAUCCCCGCUCUUUGGAGAUCUUGCGUCAAUUCAACCUAGGCGAGAAACGCGUGCGUCAGCUAGGCACUUCGCGAGAUGAUAGCUCCUCAGUCAAUUUCCUCACCAAUCUUUGUGGGGAAGCGAUCGGCAGCCUCCCGUAUGAGCGCAUGGAUCCUGCGGUCUUGGAUGAUACGCCAGAGAUGAUCCAUAAUAUACCUCAACCAGCUCUAGAGCAAGAAUUGACCAAUCUUAUUGCAAAGGAUCCCAACGUUACCUUGGUGAAGGGAUUCAGUAUCCAUGCCGUGGAACAAACUGAAAAUGAAGUCGUAGCGACCAUUGAGGAACGAUCAACUGGACAACUCCAUCAAACAAAAUCCCGCCACCUCAUAGCUUGUGAUGGCCGUAGAAGCAAGGUCCGCGAGCUGCUCGGUAUUGAGUCUGAGAGCGAAGAUUCCGACCAGACAAUGAUGACUAUUCAUUUCAAUGCCAAUCUGCGACCCGUUGUUGGUGACCGCGUCGGUAUGCUGUACUGGAUAAUGGACCCUACAGCUGCAGGCUUUAUCAUCGGUUAUGAUCUCGAUGGGAUUCAGGUGCAUAUCAGUCAGGUAGACGUUAAAGAGCACCCGGUCGAGUCGUGGACGGAAGAUAUGUGCAGGGCCAAGAUUCGCGGCGCCAUCGGUAAAGAUAACGUUCCGUUUGAUAUCUUGAGUUAUCGCCCUUGGGUCUUCCGUCGCCAGGUGGCUUUCACCUUCCAGGAGGGGAAUAUCUUCUUGGCUGGAGAUGCUGCUCAUUCAUUCCCCCCAACUGGUGGGCUAGGCUUGAAUUGUGGUCUUGCAGAUGUUCACAACUUAGCCUAUAAGAUCGCUUUGGUCCACCAAGGGGUAGCAACACCGUCUAUACUUUCAACGUACACUGCGGAACGACGAGGUGUUGCGGAUUCGUAUUCCAAGCAGAGCGUUAAGAACGGCAAGGAGAUAUUUGCAUUGUUGCAAAGUCUGAAGACUGCUGGUGUUGAAGAUAUUGUGCAAGCACGAAAGAAUAUGAUGGCAGCAUUGGCGGAUCCGGCCCAACGCAAACAGGUUGAAGCUGGUAUUGAUGGACAGAGGGAGCAUUUCGACAAUCUGGAGCUUCACAUUGGAUAUGUGUAUGGUGCUACAAAGCCACCUCCUCAUGCUUCCCAUUAUUCUCCCAAAUUUGUGCCCGGGGCGCGCUUGCCUCAUGCUUGGAUCAGUUUCCCAGAUCAUAUCUCCCCGGAGACAGAGGCAGCCAAACUUUCUUCACUGCCUCAGGAGCCAGUCGACGUGUCCUACGUCAAGGAGCUUAACGCGGAUCAGAUUCAGGCUUGUCAGUGGAGUACUCUAGAUCUCUGUGGUCUUAACUCUUGGACCUUGAUCCUGGGGCAGGAACAACAAAGUCCUCGCAUUACACUUUUACAGAAGCACUGUAACGCGAUUGGUAUAACUCUUAAUACCUGGCGGCUCGGAAUUGAUUUUGAAAUUGUCAGGCAAGGUUGGUUCGCUGAUGAACUGGUCCGUGGAGGGAUUCUGGUUCGCCCUGAUCAGCACAUCCUAGCAAGGAUCACUGCCGAGACAGACGAAGAAGACGUGAUUUCGGAGUUGAACAAACAUCUUGGGAUCUAG